AUGGAUCGUGCUCAGAAGCUCGAGUCCGGUGCACGAGAAGAACGAGAAAAGGCACUACAAAGGGGUUCAACGGCUGCCGUGGGGAAGUUCGCGGCGGAGAUCCGAGAUCCAAAGCGACGCGGGAGUAGAGUUUGGCUCGGCAUGUUCGACACUGCAAUCGAGGCCGUGAAAGCCUAUGAUCUAGCGUCGUUCAGACUACGAGGAUUUACGAGGAAGGAAAGCAAUCCUGAACUUUCCUUCGGAAGCCGCGAAGCACAAGCUUCAGAUGGCGAUGCAGGCCCCCAUGGACGGUGGGGUGAAGCAACGGCGAAGAAAUCGUCGCCGGAAAUGGAGAGAAACUGA